AUGGACAAGGACCGGGAACAGAUAGUCGUGGGGAGCGACCAGUCCCCGGCACAGCGACAGUUGACCUUUCAAUCGUACCAACAACCCUCACCAAGCGGUACCACGGCAAGUGGGCGUGCCCCAGCUCAGAAGCGAUACGAACUCAUCGACGGACAAUGGGUACAACUCACCGCCGCCGGCCUUCCAAGGAAGAAGCCUGGUAGGAAACCUGGCUCCACGGUAAAGCCCAAGACGACCGAUGGCACCGACCCUGCCAAGGCUCGGAAGCCUCGAAAGCCUCGCGACCCCAACGCCCCGCCUCUGCAGCGGAAGCGCAAGAUGACAACUGCUUCAGAUGCGGAUGGAGAUUCUGAUGCCUCUCGGACUCCCUCGGGGCAACACGUGAACGUCUCGUCUCCAUCGCAACAACACCUGCUUCUUGGAGCUUCUGAUCAGCGAGGCUCUCCGAAAAUGCCAAAGAGGGAAGGCUAUCCAGGCUCAAUGCAAAGCAUUUUAAAUGCUGACCCCCCCUCCACCUCAAUACCUGUACGCAGCAGCGGGCUUAGCUAUGAUCCCAUUCGCGGUAACUACGACCCCGUUCGCGAGACUAUUACAUCCCACAGUGCCAAUCCGUACUCAUCAACCUCGGGCUCGCCUCGUGGUCCAACUCAAGCAGCCAACCGAUCUCCUUCAAUAGCGAGCAUGAUUGAACCACAGGCUCGAACCGCGACCUCACCUAGCUUAUCACAGCAUGGACAGCAAACAGCUUCGGCUCACGGCCGUCUUCACGGCCAAGACUCAUCAUCCGUGCCGCCUUCGCCUUCCUACAAAGCUGCAUCAGUUCUCGGUACUCGCCCAGGCGCGGCGGACCCCAAGAAGGAGAGCGCCGUCGCUACUAUUCAACGACCAGUCAUCAACCAGGCCAACUUCACGACUAUAUCCAACGGCCCAAUUCGAAGGGCCUCUCCGAAGCUGAAACCCACCACGGGCGUAUCUACGCCCAGAACAGACACUCUCGAUGAUUUCCAAGACAGUGAAGGGCGUUCCAUUCUGGACUUUGGAAAGGCCCGGCCGGGUGAGGAGUUCCAGGCUCCCACAAUCGUGUUGAACAUCCCUAUUAAAGCCGGCGAAACCAACAAAUAUGUCAAUUUUAUGCGAUUAGCUGAAGAUCGAUAUGGAUGGGAUGCCCUUCACCCUCGCCAGGCUGCCAACCGGGACCGCAAAGCACGUAUCGAAGCUGCUACUGCGUCCCUCGAAAAAGCUGAGCUCGGCCGCGAGUCUGGAGAUGAAAUGUCACUCGAUAACUCUGAUGGGGAAGCCAGUAACCCGGAGAAUGGAGGUACCAGUGGGCCCGAUGCUCAGGUGAAGCCCAAGAAGAAGAGAAACUUCAAGGAGGACCAGUAUGAUGUCGAUGACGAUUUCGUUGACGAUUCAGAACUACUAUGGGAAGCACAGGCUGCGGCUAGCCGGGAUGGGUUCUUUGUCUAUUCUGGACCACUUGUCCCGGAAGUGGAAAAACCAGCGAUCCCUCAUGAGCGACCUAAGCGUGGCCGAGGCAGUCGAGGUGCCCGUGGCAGCAGAGGCUCAACCAGAGGCGGCACUGGGACAGGGCGUGGCGGUGGCCCAGGAUCCCGUGGAGGUACGGUUACCAGAAAGCCUCGCAUCACCAAAGCCGAGCGGUUGCAGCGUGAACGAGAGAAGGCGGAACGCGAAAGUAUGGCACAAAUCAACAAGACGCCUACUAAUGGAUACGUGCUCCAACCAUCAACGCCAGCUUUUUCUGUCAGUGAACUGGGUGCUUAG